AGGAGAGGCGCCACAUGAGCCGGGCGGCCGUUUCGUGGCUGAACCAGAGGAGCCAGGAACCUGGGUUGCAGGUGCCUUUGUUCGACGAAUGCAGCAAGACUUUCGUGAACCACGUGUCCAAACUGAUUUCCACCCGCAUGUACCCAAAGGGCUCCGUCAUUGUCAAGGAGGGUGAUGCAGGAUGCGAUUUGAUGGCGAUCCGCAGCGGCACCGCAACGGCCACCUCCGCGUCGGGUGCCUCCUCGUUGCUCCAGGAGCACUCGAUCGUGGGCGCAGAGGUCGUCCUGGGUGUCUGGAGGUCCGCCGACGCGACGGUGCAGGCGGAGCAGG